GUGUAUCAGCCAGUAGUCUUGCUGAUAGAACUGUCAGACAUUUACAUUAGACAUGAAGGAGGUAGGGAGAGUCGAUGUUCAGGGUAUCGUUUCAGUGUCAAAAUAAGUUUUGAACAAUAUUCGGAGUCGUCGAGAAACACGGACUAAAUCGACAUGAUAUUCGUCAGAAGCUGAAAUACAUUUUUCUAAAGUGAUACAAAUUCAAUCAGAAUGUCAACUCCUACCAACUCUCUUCAACAACAGUCGAGAGUUCGACGGAGCAAUGAGGGAUCAUCCAGUGCACCCAACAGCUGCCGUUUGCACCCCAUCCGUGCUAUCGUGCCCUAUCAACUCUUCCACGGGGGCCAGAUCAGCCCGACACACUCGCAGUCCGUCUGCGUUAGAAGCAACAAUGGACCAGUGAAUAUAGGCAGCUCAAGUCCUCCCAGUCCGACACCAAAUCCUGGUAUAAAUGGCACUGGGGAACCGAAGUUAACCACGAGACAGCGACUGUCCCCAGACAACCGCGGCUCAUGUUCACCUGAUCAGGGUCCACAUUCACCUGUUUGCAGAGUUGAACGGUCCAAACUGCAGGUGCGCAGUUCCAUCUGGCGGACGUCUUCACUGGACGCUAUUACCGGGCCGUACCUUACCGGCCAGUGGCCUCGCGAUUCCCAUGAAUCCUAUCCCUCCUGCAUGAAAGACAAAGCCACACAGACGCCUGGUUGUUGGAUUGAGGAGGGAGGAGAGCUGGGGAAUCCACACCAGCGAUCAGCAUCCUGGGGAAGUGCAGACCACCUUAAAGAACAGAUCGUGAAACUCAGGCUGCAGCAGCGCACCAAACAGUUCAGCAGGCAGGGCAAAGAGAAGGAGCAGAGCUCUCUGCAUCCACAGGGCCAACAGCACUCCGCCACAUGCCAGUCUCAGGCCAAGGUGUUUCCAGUGGUCAACAUGCCUGUGCCAAAGUCCCUCAUAUUCAAAGUGCCUAGCAGUGUGGAGGGCAUCAACCAUGAGCUGGAGAAUGUUUUUAUCAGAGAGGACUGGAAGCAGGGAAUACAGGCUAUGGAUGUGUUGGACGGUCGCCGGGCACCUUUUCCCUCCCAUCCUCGCAGGGGGGCCGUGCGGGACACGGACACCCAGGCCCCCUCCAGUGGGGGCUCCAGCCCCCUUCCUCAGCGCUGUACCCCGGACCCUCUCCAUUUCUCUGAUAGCAGACCCUGCUCUGCAGAAGAGCCUGAAAAAGAUAGUGGAUGCAGUUCACCACUUCUCCAGUUUGCGACCUCCCCUAAACCUAACAACAGCUACAUGUUCAAACGGGAGCCUCCGGAGGGCUGUGAGAGAGUCAAAGUUUUUGACGAGAUGGUGUCCUGCAAGUCGAAAGGCUUUCCCCUCUUCUCUUGUCCUGACAAAAACAAGGUGAAUUUCAUCCCCAGAGGCUCAGCCUUCUGUCCGGUCAAACUCCUCUGCUCCUCCUUCUUCUCCUCCUCCACACCAGGCAGCAGUGACAGCGCCGUGCCCAAGGUGACCAGCACCGCCCUGCCUCCUCAGCUCCCUUCAGCUCACUCAGUUCUCUCCUCCAUAACCUCUGACACAGGCAUCAAUUCGGACAACGGCACCGACUGUCCUGAUACAGACCCUAGCUCUACUAAUACCACCACAAUCACAGAUAUCAUCAAAAGCCAUGAUGGCUCGCCACACUUCCUUCUUACCAGCUAGUUUUCAGGUGUGGCCAAGCAUCAUAGCAUAGCUUUUACCUUGUUUUCCUGACAAAAAAAAGUAUUUCCUGGUUCAAUUAUAACUCUUUCAUUUGCAUUGUAACAGCUAAAAAACUGUUUUCUCCAUCACUAAUUUAGCCUUCUAUUCUAGCAUUGACUAUUCUUUGAAUAUUUGAGAUCUGACUGUUAUAAAUGUAUUGUGAGUUCUAUCAAAAUAAAGAAAAUCCAAAAAUGUUAUAAAAGGAAAUACAGAUGGUGAAAGGGGAACACAUAUUCAUAGAAUUGUUAUCUAUUCAGCUUAUUUAGCUGUCCAGUAAUACAAAAUAAUAUUUAUAUUUUGGGUAAGCUUCUUGAGAAUAUCAUGCAUGUUUAUAUUGCAUAAAAUCUUUGGGGAAGUACUUAAUUUCCAGCAAAACAUUUCACAUUUCCCCAUUUGUUUAAUCAAAUAAUUUCGUUGUGGUUGUGUAAUGGGAAAGAAUUACCAACCUCUCACACCAGAAAAGUCUUAUUUAAGGUUAAAAAAAAAAGAUGUGGAAAUGACCAAACAGCCAGUUACAAAGCACUGCCCUCCAGUCUUACUUUGUCUUUUUGCAAAGGUGCCAAAGCUACCUUAGAAAUGUUACAAAUCUUACCUUGAGCUAAGCACCCACUUGCGAUACAAGAUGGAAUUGUAGGAAAGGUAGAAAUAUGUCCACAAGUAGGAAACAGACUACACGCAGCCUCACUUCAGGUCCCUCUGAAGAAUUUACUCAGGUCAUUUUAGGACACAAGGACUACAUUGACCAUCUCUUUAAUUUAUGGGAGUGCUCCAAAGUGUUUUUUUGUUUUUUAUCUCUGCAGGCAAUUUCUGACAUGACACCAAAUCUAGGCCCAUGUAUGGCCAUGGAUACAUAUGUCCAGUCCUACAACAAAAAAUACUUAUCUGUAACAUUAGCUUCACCUUGCAACUAGUUUCAACUAGUUUACCAAUUAUAUCCUUACAGUGCCACAGUUCCAAAACAGGCGUUCAGUAUUACGUUCUGUUAAGUUGUGCUACUAAAACAGAGCAUGAAACAUACAGUAAAUUUCAGUUAUUAUAUAGAUCAGUUAGGAUUAUGUUAUACACAACUGAUGUUUUUGGGGUCAAAUCACUAAAUUGCAGAGAUUGAAAUCAAAUCCAUUAUUGAUAAUAAGAAUGUAUAUUAAGUGCAAUUCAUUUAUUCAAUUAAUAAACCUACACUAAUACACAUUGUCUAUCACUGAACAGAAGGAUCCAGGCAACGGUGUAUAAAGUAUGUGCAUAUUGAAAUUGUAUUUUGAAGUAUGUACAAAUACAAUGUACAAACCUUUUGACAAUAUGAUUGACAGAUUAAUGAUGUCAUCUAGCCAUGUUCAUUCGUACAAUUUGUGGUAUAUACUUUUAAAUAAUUGCAAAUAUAACACACACACAGAAAACAAUAUGCAAAAUUCCUCUCAGACCUAGUUGGAUCUUCCUAUUGUUAAUUUCACAGCUCCAUGAUACAAUUGAAUCAUACUAACCAUUGUGAAGCAGAGUUCA